AUGAAAGCAGUACUGCAGCGGGUACUGUCGAGCUCCGUCACAGUCAACGACCAGGUAGUCUCGGCCAUCGGCAGGGGAAUAUUGGUUCUGGCUGCGAUUGGCCCUCAUGACACGAAGAAAGAUGCCGAAUCCAUGGCUGCAAAAGUCCUAAAGAUGAAACUAUGGCCCGAUGAGAACGAUUCGAAUUGGAAAAAGAGUGUUCAGGACAUCGAAGGCGAGGUCUUGUGCGUCUCUCAAUUCACCUUGUUUGCAUCCACGAAAAAGGGCAACAAGCCGGAUUUCCAUGGCGCAGCGAAGCCUGAGGUCGCCAAGGAGCUUUACGAGUACUUUCUGACCCAGGUUCGUGCUCUCUAUCAUGCCGAACGGGUCAAAGACGGUGUUUUUCAAGCCAUGAUGCAGGUCAGCCUUGUCAAUGAUGGUCCAGUCACCCUCGAGAUCGAUACAAGUCCGGCCAGAAAGGGACCAACAGCGACUUCAGCAUCGUCGACGCCAGCUCCAGAAUCUGCCAACUAG